AUUCGCAUUUACUUAAAGGGCAAAACCCUUCAGCGCCGCUUGGAUCUCUCUCUCCUCUCUUUCUCUUUUCCCUUAUCUUCUUCUUAUACCCUUCGACCAAAGAAGAACCCUAAUAAUCGAUUAUCAAGAUGAAUAGGGAAAAGUUGAUGAAGAUGGCUAACACUGUCCGCACUGGCGGAAAGGGGACAGUAAGAAGAAAGAAGAAGGCUGUUCACAAGACCACUACAACCGAUGACAAGAGACUCCAGAGCACUCUUAAAAGAGUUGGAGUCAAUUCCAUUCCCGCCAUUGAAGAAGUUAACAUUUUUAAGGAUGAUGUAGUGAUUCAGUUCAUUAACCCUAAAGUUCAAGCUUCUAUUGCUGCUAACACAUGGGUUGUGAGUGGUACACCACAGACGAAAAAGUUGCAAGACAUUCUUCCUCAGAUUAUCAGCCAACUUGGACCAGAUAACUUGGACAACCUGAAGAAGCUAGCAGAGCAAUUCCAGAAACAAGCUCCAGGUGCAGGUGAUGUCCCAGCAACAAUCCAAGAAGAGGACGAUGAUGAUGAUGUCCCAGAUCUUGUAGUUGGAGAGACUUUCGAGACUCCUGCUACUGAAGAGGCUCCCAAAGCUGCUGCUUCUUAGAGGAGGAAGGAGAGCUCCCCUGCAAAACCCAUCAUAAAAAUGUUUGUCGCUCGACCUUUUUUGAGCACUGUCAGAUUCUUGUUUUCUCUAAUGCUUGCGAACAGAAAGACUUGGUUUUAUUAUCACUUGAUGCUUUUUGGUCCGAACAGCAAUUUUCCUUUUAUUAAGGUUAGAUCGCUUUUUGUUUACCACCUGUUCAAAUGAGUGCUAUGUUCUGUCUCUUCUUGCAACACAGUUCUUUGUUUUGAGUCAACCAUGUUCAAGAGAUGAACAAUCAACAGUUUCGUACAUU